CUGGGCCCAGUGCGCUGGCAGCCGCAGGGCUACUGGCAGGAACCGCUCGCGGCGCUGCUGCACAGGCCCACUACCCGCUGGACGCUCACAAACUCUGGCGCCGGCGCCGUCCGGUCUCUCGUCGCGGGUGCCACCUGGUCCCAGGCUCGACUGCACAGGUACGGCUACGCGGCCGACGGGCUAUGUCGACGAUGCUGGGCCGCGCCUGGCACAUCAGUUCACCGUUGCUGGCAGCGCGAGCCGUGCCAGCCCGAGCGGGAGCUGGCCUUGGAUGAGGCCUUGAUCGACGGGCUGCCACACAUCAUGCAGAAUGAUCCGCGCUGGGCGCGCCUGCUGGUUCCGCUGUCCUCGCUACCUGUUCCUCCUCCCCCUGACGACAGCGGCCGCUGGCACGCGCUGCUGGCAGCCCCAGGCUUCAUGGUCACCGGCCUCAUCUACGCCGACGGCUCCUGCCUGAAGCAUUGGAGCCGCCCGCAGGCCGCGAGAGCGGGCUGGGGUUUCGUUAUCCUCGAGAACUUCCAGGCCGUCGGCGGCUACUACGGCGCGGUGCCUGGGCCAGUCCAAUCUUCGCCCAGGGCCGAGCUCUGGGCGAUCAUUCAGGUCCUGCUAGUGGCCGUUCCGCCCUUCUGCAUCCACACGGACCACCUGGAGGUUAUCCUCGGCCUGGCGCGCGGGCGCGCGUGGGCACAUUGGCCCACGCGCUGGAAUCGCGAUCUGUGGGUGCAGCUGUGGGCCAAGUUGGAUGACCACGGCGGCCGCUCCUCGGACGUGCGCAUCGUUCACGUCCGUGGGCACCAGAGCGGCAACGACCAGCAUCGGCAUGGCAACGACUGGGCGGACGCGCUCGCUCGCUUGGGAUCGGGGCGCCACUGCUUCACGGACCGGCAGAAGGCGGAGUCCAAG